GAGACAUCACAUACGAAAUCAAGACCAAAAAUGACGAUGGUAGAGACCUCAAUGCUAAAUCAAGAGAAUUAUAACGAUACUGACAAGAAUUAUCACGAUAACGCUACAUUGCCUACUGGGUUCCACAUGGUGACAGAAGAAGAAAGAGGAAAACAUAAGUCAUUUAAGCAAGAUGCUGCUGCUCAGACAUCACAGCUGGAUCUUUAUGAAGAAAAUUACAACAAAUAUUUUCAGGGUGGAAAAGAAAUGCUUCAAUACAGACAACAUGAUGCUGCAGCUCAAACAUAUUUAGAGACGGAGGUAAUCGAAAGAUCACCGGAAGAGAAUGGUGCCGAUGCACUAAUGUAUGAAUUUGCAUCAACUACGUCUUUAACGGCCUCCCUUCCAUCGAGUGCUAGACAAGCCCAUCAUCACAUCAAAAUGGGAGGAGCUUCUUUGAAGACUCGACCUUCGUCAGAAGUGGUGGAAAUGAAACAAAAGAAGUUCUAUAAAGCCAACCAUUUAUACCAGAAUCCCUUAGAACCUUCACGAUCAUAUGACCAGAUACAACAGAUCGUAUUUAUGGAAGAAGGCCAAGCACGUUUAUAUGAUUUAAAGCCAGUCUCUUGUCAAAAUGUUCAUAUUAUAUCACCUAAUAAUAAAUCGUACGUAAGCAAUUAUUGCAGUACCAAUUCACAGGAAUUUCCCCUUUCUACUGAACAAAAUGUAAUGAAACCGUCUUAUAUUGAUCAGAGUCAGACAGUCUUUCCUCGAUCUGAGCUCAAAAAAAAACUGUCCAACAGUUUAGCUUCUGGUUUGAAUGAAAGCUUAUAUAGUAGCAGUGACAGUUAUAUUUUCCACAGCAACAAUUCUCUUUCAGAGACGACAUAUUCAGAAUUUGAGCCAAGAAGACGCAGGACUGCAUCGUUAUCAAAUAUUGAAUAUGAAAGGAGAAUGGAUUGUCGUAAAAAUCAAAAAAGAUCAAGAAUAUCAGUAUUCUUUGACAAAUUGCAACGAAAAAAGAAGCCAUCAAUACUUGCGAAUGAUGUAGAUGUACCAACUCACUUCAGAGUAAUUGGACGCAUAUUAGAGAUGUGCUUAGAUGGUACGCGCAUCAUUGAGUUGACGCAGCCACCUCAUGGCCUUUGCGGUAUUUACAUGACGCGUGUUAAACACAAUCUUGGCUAUAGUAUAUAUGUAUCACGAUUUAGUGAUGGUUAUCCUGCUAAAAUGUUUGCAGGUCUUUUAAGCAUCGGUGAUGAAAUACUUGAAAUCAAUGGCAUAACCACAGGUUGUAUGACUGUAGAAGAUGCACAUGAUAUGGUUGCAUCAUGUGAUAAACUCAUACUUCGAGUCUUACCAAAUAGAAAUGCAUACAGAACGACUUAAUGUGAAAUUGUUUCCACAGAACUGAUAUUGUAAAUACAUUGACUUAGUCAUGGACACAGAGUAUUGGCGAGAGAGAAGAAAAGUGACAACCAACGAGAAUGAGCGAAAACGAAAGUCAUUGUCAAGAAUAAUGUAUAUUUGUUUUUCCUACAAUUGCUCUAGGGACACAUUUUUGUAUAUGUAGCAGAAAUAUAUUCAUUGACUAAUGUCAUUGUAAAUAUUCAGCAUCAUAUUUCUCAGGCUGCAACCCAGGAGAAUAUAAAUAAAUUUUAUUGUGUACAUAUACUUUAUAUUUUAUUUUUUCGUUUUACAAAAUUCACUCAGAUGAUAUAAAUCCUGCACAUAAUUAGAGAUAAUUUUCAAUAUUGGACAUCCAAUAUUAUGACAUUUAACGUUCUUCUUGCUCGACAUUGAUGGUGCUAUAAUAUUCAGUAAUAAAUAUUAUAAAGCUUUAGCGACUAAAUCA